UUCGACAAAAUUUAAACUAUUCCUCUAUAUAAAUGUAUAUAAUAAACUCGCAUGUAAAACACAAACCAAAUUCAGGUUAUUUCUAUUAUAUUUUAACAAUGAAAAAUACACAUCUUCAUAUUAAAGCAGAGGUGGGACAAAAACAAAAUACCGGCGAAUUAACAUGAAUUUUUCUCAGUGCGCUCGUUAUGUAUCGAAACAAAGUGUCAUCUCUAGCCGGAUUUUUCUGUUUCCCAACACUAAAUUGGUCGCCAGCUGUUUGUAUUAUUGUUUCUAGUGAAUUUGUGUCCAAUGUUUGAUUUUACCUGCAAAUCACAAAGUAGCAGACAUGUCUUGGCAAUACGGAUUAAUAAGAGAUAUGAAGAACCCAGAAAACUGGUUGAUUUCGUCCAGGUUCGGCGUAGUCAUGGCUGACAAGUAUCCCAAGGCGAAGCAUCACUACCUGGUGCUUCCGUUGGCCGAUAUUCCCAGCAUAUUUUGUUUGGACCGCUGCCAUCUGCCGCUCUUGGAUGAGCUAUACGUUUUGGCUCGCAAGGUCGUGGAUGUGGAGGCUAGAGGAUUGCUCUGGGAAGACUUCCAGGUCGGUUUCCACGCGGAACCCAGCCUGCACAGGCUCCAUUUGCAUGUCAUCUCCAGGGAUUUCGUGUCCCCAUGUAUGAAGACCAAGAAACACUGGAACUGCCACAACACCGAACUAUUUGUGCCAUACGACAAACUCUACGCUCAGCUGGAAAAAGAUGACUGCUUUUCACGGCUGCCUAAAUCGCUUGUAGAAAACCUGCUGUCCAAGCCUUUGAUGUGUAACCAGUGCGAAUUUGCCCCCGAGUCACUGCUUGACCUAAAGAGCCACCUAUUCUACCAUUGGCAUUCUAAGGAAAAGGAGCGCGAGGAACAGAGGAUGUUGGAUAAGUUGGCUAAAAUGUCGUUAUAUAACAAUCCUACUUUCAAAAACCAAGCGAGAAAGCCACAAGGUCAUUGUCCACGGGGUCCGAGGCAAAGAAACGGACCCAAGGAACCACUGAAUAGUACUAGCCUUCAAAAGAACUGCAAUGCAAUCCAAGAAGCAUCUCCGAACAAUCCCAAUCCCUCUAUUGCCGGCGACGGGGUUAGGCCUAGUAGUCAGCCAACUGAAUUGAGUAUACAAAGCACAAACCAACCUCUUCAGCAAAACUCCAAUCUUCAGCACCCAAGCUCGGAUUCCAACCAACAAAAUAUCGCAAAUUCCAAAUUCCAUAAAAAAAAUGGAAAAAAUCUUCAAAAACACCAGAGUACACAGAAACCUCAUGCCAAUAAAGUUAACACCCAGUUUAAAAAACAUUAUGGCUAUAAUCUUCAAAAUACCAAACAGGAUGCACAGAAUCCUUAUCAACAUAAGAUGAGUCUGCAGAACCCCGAACAAACGAACUGUGGUCUUUGCCAGACAAAUAUAAGAUCUAAUCAAGUUAAUGGCACAAACACAAAUUUUAAUAAUCCUAAAACUUUUAAUCAUCAAAACAAAAGUAAGAGGCAAAAACCAGCCAGCAAAAAGAAUCAUAUAAAAUCUGUCGAAAAUCUUAGUAAGCAAGAGUCUGAUGCCCCACCACCUCCAAGCAUUUGCAAACCGUCUGAUACUUCCAAAGAAGAUUUAUGCAAUGGUAACAAAAAUUAAACUAUUUUAGAAGAAACAAGAUACGUAAUGCAGUUAAAAACUGUUAUUUUAAUAUGGAAAGCUAAACAUUUGCAUUCUGGAAGUUUUACAAAUAUGAACUAAAUCGAUAAGCAUAAUCCUUUAUUCGUUUUUAAUUAUAAACACACGUUAGAACUCGUCACAUUAUAGUAUUAGUUUGUGCAUUAAUAAACUAGAUUCUUGUGAGCUUAAGAAUGGCGCCAAGCUCCCCAGUGCAGAUAUCGUUUUAAUUUUACUUGGAAAAACAGUUUGACUUCGCCACCCACCUGCACAAAUAGAGUGCUCUGGCCAACUGGAAAAAUACCAACCCCUGGCUAAUUAAGCAGCCACCGAGGAGCACCAGCAACGCGGCUCAUCCCCCAGAGCCAUUUGGAACACUUAUUAAAUUAUAACUCUAAAUUUGAAAAACGGACAAAGUUUCUCGGAUAACCAGUUCCCAUGGGAGAGGGAUAACUUUUCAGUUUAAUUAUCGAUUUUAACUUGCUGUGAAAUGAACCUUAAAAUGUAAAAUGAAGUCCCUCCUGAGUGGGAUGGUAAGCUAAAAAACGGCCAGGAAACUUAACAAAGUGACUUGAAAUGAAAUCAUUCAUGUAUUACGUAAGGUAUAAAAUAUAAUAAAUGCGUUCUAAUUAUGAUCUUAAA